AUGGAUUCAUGUAAUAUGUAAUAAAAAAAAAAAUACAGAUAAAGAAUACGUUAAUUUCGGAAGUGUUUAUUAUUAACUUUAUAUGAAAUAAAUAUGUCAUCGUCCGAGGAAGAAAGUGAUCAAUUGAUGAAUUUGGAAGCUAUAAGAGAUAAAAUGUUAAAUCAACCACGAGGUGAACGUAUGCAAGUUAGUGCUUGGGAAGAUGAUGAUGAUGGAGUAGAAGCUGAACGCAAUGCAAAAGAACCUGAUGCAAAAGAAAUUCUCGCUGCAGCGGAAAAUGGUGAUUUGGAUAAAGUAAAAAAAUUAUUAACAAAAAACCAUCGUUUGUUAGAAUGUACGGAUAAGGAUGGUUAUACUCCAUUGCAUAGAGCUUGUUAUGGUAAUCAUGUGGAAAUUGUAGAGUAUUUACUUCAAGCAGGUGCAAAGAUAAGUGCUAAAACUCAAGAUGAAUGGCAACCAUUGCAUUCUGCAAGCUGCUGGAAUAAUGUUGAAUGUAUAGCAACAUUAAUUGCAAAUGGUGCAGAUAUAAAUGCUAAAAGUAAAGGAGAUCAGACACCUUUGCAUCUAGUAUCUGCAAGUUCUCAUAACUCUCCUGCAUUGCAACUUCUUUUAUUGCAUCCAGAUACAAAUCCAAAAUUAAUAAAUUCUAGUGGAGAUACUGCAGAACAUAUUGCAAGGAGAACGGGAAAAUAUUAUCCAAUGUUUGAAAUCAUUGAAGACUGUUUAAAUGUUAUUUGAGUCUAUUACUUAAUAUAUUCAUUAAAUAUGUUUAUAUUACAUAUAAGGUUAUGAACAUGAAAAAUUUAUGAAAUUAAAAAAAAUGUAUAAUCAUAUCAUCGAUAUACUCACUAUUAAUACAAUUUUGUAUAAAUGUUGUAUGUUUUAAUACAACAGAGUAUGAAAAUAUAUUGACGCAAUAUUAAUAAUAAAA